GCCACUCGUAUCCGUAUACACGGAUGGUCUACGCAGCCUGCACGCAGUAUACUACGUACGAACACGUAUAGGGCUGUGCACACGGCCAAAGUGAUAGAGAACGAAGGAGAGGGAAGAAACAGUGAGAUCGCGAAAGACAGAGGAGAAAGAACGGAAACGGAGAGAUAAGAAAGAAAAGAAGAUACAUGUAUAUACACGCAUAUAUAUAUGUUACGUAGCAAGAAAACGGUAUUAGAGAAAAGAGGUGAGGUGUAAGACGUACACACGGAGGACAUUUCAUACUUACACAUACAUCUGUACGUGAUCAGUGAGUCUUUCGUCAUAAAACAUUGUACAUGGAUAAUUAUCAGUGGAAAAAAAGACUCUGAGCUUCGACGUUACUUCGAUCGAGAUAUUCGGCAAUCGAUUUUUCUCGAACCCCGUGUUUUUGUGUCUCUCCGUAAAGGAUUUCGUGUUUUCGACACGUGCAAGACAAGGCUAUGAAAUAGAAUAAAGAAGAGAGGAGGGAAAGAGCGAGAGAGAAGUAUCCACAUCUCGUGGCGCCCCGUUGUGUUUUUCUACGGAAAGCUGUGCUCGGAACCUGCGUGAACUCUCAGAGUGGAAGAAAACGUUCGGUAGGGAGUAAACGGAAGAGGCAAAACGAAAAAAAGUUACUCGCGGAUAACGAGUGAUAAAAAAAAUUCUUCGCGGGUUUCUGUUGGUUCGAGAUCAGUGAAAUCGUCGAAGAAGCGAACGAAGCCUGAACUGGAACGAACUCCGAUGGACGAGAACGAGUUUUAUCCCGAUCGAGUUGGUCAGUUGAGUGUAAGAAUUUUGUGCUUAUCGUUAACGCGUUUACUUGCCGUUACGUGAAUUUUUUAUCGUGAAGAUAGAAGUGUAUACGCGUGACACGGUCGCGGGUGUACCUUGUUCAUGCGAUAAUAAGAAAGUGGGGUCUCUGCCAUGUUCCGUUUUUAUUAACUUGUCGGACGGUCCACUGCUUUGAGAGUCAAGUUCGUCGCGCUUCGCUGUACGCGCCGUGUCUGGCGCGCGCAUAUUUCCUCGCGCUUUCGGUUGCGCUUCACGACAAGCUUUCUACUCGAAGUGAGAUGAAACAUUUCCUCUCGGUGAUAUCGAAAACCAUCGGUAAAGGAUCGGCAAGAUUACGAAGGUCACAAGAUCAGGCGAAACGGAAGCUGAUCGAGGACGGAAGAAGUUUCUACGACUUGAUUGUAACAAGACAAUUCCUAAAGGAAGUAAUAAUUUUACGGCGCUUGGAAGAGGAACUCGGUAUCUUCGGAGAAGAUACUUGUCAUUGAAUAUUUGCACGAGUUAUUUGGAAGUUUGGAAAACGAGACAGAGAUCAAGCUUCCUCUUUAAUGACAACGAUAAGCUAAAAAAGCAGGGAACGCCCGAGGUUUCUGUUCGUCGCCGGUAGAUUACGCAUACGGUUAACGAGAAGGAGACACGAGUAUCUUGUACGUUAGCGAGCGAGAAAGUAGCGUGUCGAAAAGUGAACUCGAUAUCCGAGGACGAAAAGGAAACGAAGGUGUGACGGUGCUCGGUCGAUAAGGAGAGUUCUAAAGUGUCAAGAGGAGACAGAGGGGAAAAAACAAAGGUGUACUUCGAUAUAAUAUUUCGCGGUGGUGAAUCUGCACGGUGACACGCGAGUAUAUCCGUCGGAAGUACCCCGAAUGUCGGUUAACGAAGAGGAAAAAUACGACAGAACGAUGCGAUUAAGAACGCGUGUUCUUUACGUGAGUGUCGGUGGAGGCAAAGAAACUAUUCGUCUUCGUUGAUCUUUUAUUGCUGCUUUAUCAACACGAGCGAUGAAACGAGAUAUUCUUUCUUCGUUUUCUCGCGAACUUGCGGACUGAGUUAUCCCAAUUCGACGUGGUGUUCAGUUUGUUCGGAGAAUAAAAAAACGAAAGAGAGAUUAGAAUUUACGAAUUCGGAAAGUGAAGGUGGUGAUAAUUAGUGGUGCGUUUGUUCGUUCGCUGGUGAUAUUCGUAUUGUUUAGUGGUGCGGCAGUGUGGUGAAAGAGGUUGGUGGUUGGUGGUGGUGUAAAAAAAAAGAGAACACUCGACUGUGACUCUUAACUCAUUACCACGGAUCUCCCUCGGCAGUUUAACACCACAGCCAUCCUCGAUGAGAGGAGGCACAUGUCCAUUGCUGCCGCUGAAAAUGCAGGAAAGAGGCCUAGCCCGUGUGAACUACAGGACCCGUUGUGGGUCAAAAUGAGUGCGAUUACUGGCAGCAUCACCAAGAAAAGAAAGAAAUCCGAUGCCAAGCCUCAGUCGCAGAUUAACAAGUGCCUUAACGAAAAAAGACGACGGAACCAGGAGAACCUGUUUAUCGAUGAGCUUGCCGAGCUGAUUUCCGUCACGGACAUGAGCUCUGGCAAGACUGACAAACGCCAGAUCCUUCAGAGAACCGUCGACCAGAUUCGGCACAUUAGGCAACAGGAAGGCUCCAAUAGUCAUGCCGUUCAACAGGGGGAAGUGUCUUCAUCGAAUCCUAACAUACUGUCCAACGAUCAAGUUGGUCCUAUUUUACUCGAGGCGUUAGAUGGCUUUCUGUUUGUUGUAAAUACGGAGGGACGAGUGGAGUACGUAACGGAUAACAUAACACAAUAUAUAAAUUAUACGAAGGACGAUGUGCUCGGCAAGGAUAUUUAUAAUAUUAUUCAUCAUGGAGACCACAACAUCUUCAUGCCUAGCUUGUGCCCUGUGUCAUUAGGCUGGACGAGCGAGCCGCAGCCCCAAACGAGGAACCGUACCUUCAAUUGCCGCUUCUUGGUGAAGCCUCCUGAUGAUAAAGAAGAGACUAUGGAAGAGAAGCAGCAACGAGUAUCGAAAUACGAGUCUAUGCAGAUCUGUUCAGCUCUUUUGCCAAGUAAUAGCGAUCGUCUGGAGAGCGGUGACGUAUCCUCCGAAUCGUCGGACAUCGGUCCUUGCGUAAUGUGCGUGGCUCGCAGGAUACCACCGAACGAGAAACCCAUUGGUACGCCUAUCGAGCAGUUCACUGUCAAGCUGGACACCGCGGGGAAGAUUAUCGCGGUUGAUGACAGCUGGCUGUCGCCUCCUUACGCCAAGUACCUAAGCAAGGUAAAGGACCUGAUUGGCACUACAAUAAAGGAUGUGUGCCACCCUCAUGAUCUCAGUAAGCUAACUGCACAUUUGAACGAUACGCUUCAAGUCGGUGAGAGUACCAGUGGUGUGUACCGACUACGCGUUAGUCCUGAUAAGUUCCUUAACAUUCAAACAAAGUCAAAACUUUUCAAAGCAAAUGUGAUGAAUACACACGAUACCGACUUCAUUAUGGCCACCAAUUCCAUCAUCGGGGACAAUGACUUAACGCCUAUCGAGGGUGGUCAGCUUUCCAACAACAAAGUGUGCUCUGGACACUCUAGUAACCGUUGUGCGAAUAAUAGUAAUAAUAAUAAUGGUAACAAUAACAAUAACGUGGGUGGCCCGCUGAUGUCCGUGGCGCAUCUGAACGGUCAAGUGAGUGGUAUCAGUGGUCGGGGGUUGGCUGGUACGUCGUCGUCAUCGUCGUCGUCGUCGUCGUCGCAUGGCGGCGGUGUCGCGACAUCGUCAAACUCGAUAGUGUUUAGCGCGGCCGAGUCUUGCAACAACCCCCUGCCGUCGCUAAGUACAAGUAAUCCGUUCAACCACUUUUCGGGGAACAUGGACUUGGAAUUCGAGCUCUUCCCCAGUUCCACAUGGGACUUGGAUAGUAGCAGCGGGUGGGCAGAUAGGCCCGAAUCGAGAGCGAGCGGGCCACCAAAUUCACGACCACCUUCCCAGCCAGCCCCGACAUCUCCGAGUCCCCAGGGAACGUUCUCCUCUAAUUCAGCGGUGGCGCCUCACUGCAGUCCCCUACGCGCGUUCAGCCCGACCUCAGGCAACGCGGCUCACACCUUCAGUAAUUCGUUCCCCUUCAGUCCGCUUCAGGAAUCACAGACGUCCUCCUUGACGAACAGCGCUGCUAGUAGUGUUAGUGCCAACGGGGCGGCUGGAUUGACGCCCAAACGGCAGGAUGAAGGGAAGACCGGAUGCUCGAGCAGCAACAACCAAUCCGGGAUGGAUAGCACCGGCAACUCGAGAAACAACUCGACCAACGUGGCCGGGACCACCGCGACCGGCCAACAACAGACCACCGUCGGGGUCACCGCGACCGUUGUCGAAACUCAGAACAGUGUUGUGUCCACCGAGUCCGGUAGAUUGAGAAACUUGUUGACCAAGGGGGCUAGUGCUAGUGAGGACAGUCAGGACAAUGCGAAUAACGAUUCCGAGAACCAAAAUCAGCAUAGGAUAUUAAAGAUCUUGUUGAAUCAACAAGACGACGAAGAUUUUCAUCCGGAGCAUAAUAAUAAAGUGCGCACGAGUCCUAGUAACAUGCCGAAACCGAGCAUGGAGCAUUCGAAAUCUUCGCUUGGAAAUAAUAUGCUGUUACAGUUAUUAAAUGAGAAAAACGACGACGAGGACGAAGAAGCUCGUGCCGGUUUAAAGAAACGGAACGAACUUCUGCAGCAGCUUCUGAAAAACCAAGACGACGAGAGGAAAGUACAAGAGCAACAGUGCAAAUCGCAGAAUCGGGAAGAAGAUCCUCUGUUGCGAAGUCUUGGCUUUCGGAACACCACGCCAUCCCCGUCUCAAUCGGGCGACAACGUUGGUCUCGGUGGUUCGACGCAGGUCGGACAGAAAAGACCCGGCGAGGAUGGCGAUCUGAACAUCGCUGUGAAACGUCCUAUGGACGGCUCGCAUCAGGUGUCCUCCUCGGGUACGUCUACCAAUACGACCAGCAAACUUUGGGAGAAGAACAAAAUGUUAGCUUCGUUGCUAGCUAUACAACCUCCUCAGCCAACCACUAUCCCACCAAUACCUGCAUCUGUGAUAUCGGCAACGCCACAGGAUAAACUGGUACGUAUAGGAUUAAAGUCACAACAACCGUCACAGCAGUCGCAACCGCAGUCGCAACAACAGCAGCAGCAACAACAGCAACAGCAGCAGCAACAACAGCAACAGCAGCAGCCACAACAGCAGCCACAACAACAGCAGCAGCAACAGCAGCAACAACCCUGGACGGGUGGUAGCAUGCAAUCUGUUAGUGGUAAUACGAUUACAACAACUGCAACUUCCGCGCGAACUCCUCUCCAAAGCCAGUCGAGACAACUACCUCGUCAAACAACCAAUACCUACCUCACUCAUAUGCUAAGUCAGCAACAAAGACCCCAGAUGGGUCAGAUGGAUUCGGAAUUUACGGGCAGCGGGGAGUAUCGUCAAACAAGUACCGAUCCAAGCAGUUGGGACAAUCAGUCAUCAGAUCCUGAUCUUUCCGACAUUUUGGAUCAGGUGAUCGAGUUCGUACCAGACGAAGCUAUCACAGAUUCGUCUGCGAUAGCAAAUCUCCUAGAUGUGAUCGAAGCGCCGCAGAACAACGCGUUGAACGAGAAGAUGGCGAUUAACGCGAUACAAAAGUCAUUGAUGUUAUUCGAGACUGCCGUAAAUCCAACGUCUUCCACCAUAACAAUCCCUGGCACGCCUCCAGCUUACUCCACCACGUUGGUUACCACACCUGUAACAACGAGCCAUAGUUACCAGCCACCACCGAUGUAUCAGCAACAACCAAGGAUGAGGUUUAACACGCAGCCAGGUGUCAGGCAAACGGCCACUCAGUUCACGCAACAGCAACAGUUACAGCUGCAACAGCAACGGACAAAAUUAAUACAACAACAGCAACAACAACAGUUGAAACAGAGGUUGCUGCAACAGCAGCAACAACAACAAUUACUCAUUCCUUCCAAUGCUACAGCUACGGACCAAAUUACCACCGGCAUUCACAAUAUUGAUAAUCUUCUCAACAAUACUGUUGCACCGAAUGUGUCGUUACAGCGGUCGAGUGUCCCAGAUUCGCAAGUGUCUCCAGGUUAUGGGGGAUCCGUCCAGAUGCCUUCCAGUCACCGACUUGGCCACUCGUACUCACAUCCUUCAACGUUACCACAACACCCCAUUGUAAACAAUAAUUUUAACAGUGGUCAACAAGUGUCCGCCGCAGCUCGACUGUCGCCGCAUUCUCCCGCUGGUAUCUUGUCGUUCACUCAUCCGCAGCCGUUGUCACCACGCGUGACGCAAGGCAACUAUGGUAAUACCCCGAGAUUAUUCAACGUUAACCAGGUGAGAUCGCAGCAACAGCCCACCGCGCAGCAGCAGUUGCAGCAACAACAGAGAUCGAUGCCGUCGCCGGGUACUCCAGCGUCUGCACGGCAAUCUCCGUUUCCGGCGGAAACCUUUCCUCCACCCACCUCCCCCACAGCCAGUCAAUUUCCACCCGGCCCUAAUCCUGGAGCUCCAAAUCCUUCUGCCCAAUAUCGGUUGCAACGGACCACGUCUACGCCUUCAGCCACGACUCAGUUGCCAGGUGGGGUCGGUUCGCCCCGGCACUACGGCGGAGUGAGUAAGGAACAACCUCUUCUUUCACCUAGUCAUCCACAUUCGGGUUGCAACCCGGCAACACCGACUCACAAUCAACACAACGUAACGAAUACCCAACAACACUUCUCCAACCAACAACAUUCUUCUAUGAUAUACCACACGACCGCCAAUACUAUCAACACAGCUGACAUGCAGAACAAUCAGUUCUGUUACGAUCGGACGUCUGUUCCACUCUAUUCGUCAGGGCCUGGGGACGCGCAGGAUGCCAGGCCUCUGCCUCCCGGUAAUCCUGUCAAUCACCAAUUGGGUGGAAACGCGAGCAGCACGUCCGAGUUCGUGAGACAAGAAUUGAGAGCGAUCGUUGGUGCGCGAACGCAACAGCAACAACAAAGGGUACCAAACAACAUUCAGAACAAUCUCACCGGUCAAGUAUCUCAAGACGAUCUUGAAGCGCUUGGUCUGACGUUCGAGAUGUCCCCUGCAGGUGAGGCUGUGGUUAGCGAUGGCCCUGCAAAGAGCUGGGCCAUUGGGAGUGCCGGAGGUGCCCCCUCGUCCUCCAGGACUUCUAUGGAGGAAGUGGCUCGAGGUGAUCCAAAGGUGAACCAGUCGUCGUUGUUACAGAAACUGUUGUCCGAGUGACUGCAGGCCAACGGUUUGAAGACUAAAGGGAUCUAUGUAAUAUACGUUUGAAGCUAGAGACGUGAAAAAAAAAUGGAUGCAAGACCGGGUCACAUACGGCACGAAGGAAAACCGCCAAGUGCAAAAUCGAUCCGCGUGUGUACGACGCAAAAUAUACACCCUAUUAUACGUAAUGGAUACUAAUUGUAUUAUAUGUAAAACGCCGCAACAAACAAAUACACACACAUACAUACACGGGACACACACGUAUACACACGAAGUCAGUAUUCAGACACGUAUCACCAAAUACAAAAUUGCGAGAAAAUUUAGGCCGCUGCGCCGUGCUCUCCGUGGCCUUAACGCGCUGGAAUUUGAUGUCAAAAAAGAAAUAAACAACAACGGGAAGUCAUUUUAAGAGACAACAAUCAAAAUGGAGCUUCGCGACGUGAACGAGUCCAGCGCGUCUUUAUAUCUUGCUCCGAAACUCGAAGGACCAAAAGUUUCCGUUUCCCGUUUGCAUCGAACGGUCUCGACGAUUCGUGUCUCCGAUUUCGGAAGGAUCUUGUCCCGAGGGAUAAUAGAGCGUCACGGGAUCGAACGAUCUCUGUAGAUCGAUCAUUCGGUCGCGAGAAACGACGGAGAAACAUUUAAUUUGAAAAGAAAUCGAAGUAGAGCGCGGGGAGCACAUGGCGUGACAUCGCGACGACCAUUAUUUUAUAUAUAUAUACAUAUAUAUAUACAUACAUAUAUAUAAAUAUAUAAAUAUAAAAAGAAUGAAAGAAAGAAAGAAAGAAAGAAAUGCCUUUCUCGGGGCAUCCCAGCUUCGGACGAUAUUCGAGUAUAAAUAUAUAUAAAUAUAAAUAUAAAUAUAUAAAUAUAUUAUAUAUGAAAAUAUAAAUAUAAAUAUAAUACCGACACGAUUAGACUGACGGCCGCUUGUAAUCCGAUUGAAAGGGUUGCCACGCGAACCGUCAGUAUUGUAUUUGGUAUCACUGAAAGAAACUACGUAGGUACCUCAAAGGUAUACUUUACUAUACCACUGGCUGUUGAACAUAGAACUAUUUAUAGGUUUAAUUAUUGUACACAAGAGGAUGAUGAGAAGAUGACGAAGAUAAGAAAGAAGCAAAUAGAGCACUAUUUCACGUA